AUGACCGACCAAACGGACAACAAUAACACAUUGGAAACAAAGGCACAAGAUGAUGAUAGAUAUAACUGUAGUUUAGCGACAGAACUCGAUUAUUUUAGAAUAGCAUUAGGAGGUCAGGCAGUUAAUUAUUACCGAUAUGGUGAACGAAAAGAUUGUUCGCAACGAUGGCAAAGUCUUAAAUUCUGUAUACAAUUAAAAUCAAAAUCUUUAGAAGAACGAAAGAAAAUGAUCUUAGAAAGAGAAGCAAUGAAAGAGGCCAAUUAUAAAAAGCAAAAAAGUUCACUGGAUGUUUGGGAACUGAGAGAGUAG